UCACAAUUUCCAUGAAACUCAUCACCCUUUCCAUUUCCAAUUAUAUAUCUUCGGCCACCACUUUUGCGUCUUUUAACUUCGUCAACAUGGCUUCUCCGAAAGAACAAGUCAAGCCUUUAGCCCCAGCAAACUCACACCAUCUCCGCAGUGAUGAAGAGCAAGCCGUCUCCUUGCACAUAAAGCUCGGGCAAAGAAAAUACGUACAAUGUUGCGGCUGUGUCUCUGCCGUGUUCGUAAUCAUAGCUGUAACAGCCAUAGUCCUCGGAUUCACCAUGUUUCACGUAAAGGAUCCGAAGAUCAAGAUGAACGAGGUCACAGUCCAACGGCUGGAGUUUUCCAACGGAAUCCUACGUACGGAUACUAAUAUAACACUUCUUGCGGAUGUCUCCAUCAAGAACCCUAACAUGGCAUCUUUCAAGUAUAGCAAUGCCACCACUAUGGUUUACUACAGGGGGACGGAGGUCGGCGAAGCGAGGACUCCGGCGGGAGUGGCAAAGUCGAGGCGGACGUCGAGGAUGAAUGUUACGGUGGAUAUUGUUCCGGGGAAGAUCUUGGGCGUGCCAGGGUUCAUAAGUGAGGUGGCUACAGGGGAAUUGACCAUGACGACUUAUACGAGUAUUCAGGGUACGGUGAAAGUCGCCACGGUCAAGAAAAAUGUAGUGGUUGAAUUGAAUUGUACCGUGAGCUACAAUUUUUCAAGCGGCAAGAUUCAAGGAGAAGAUUGCAAACGGAGGGCUCGUCUUUAAUGAUUAGGAUUCAUAGGUACAAUUUUUCAAGCGGGAAGAUUCAAGGAGAAGAUUGCAAACGCAGGGUUCGUCUUUAAUGAUUAGGAUUCAUUUUUGUUGUACUUUUUUCGGCUGAAAAUUGGAUCAAGUUAAUCUUAUACCAACAGGAUCCUCCUUAAGAGGAUCCCAGGAAUCUUUGAACUGUGUCUAUUCAUCAUACAUCGUGCGGUCAGUUUUUGUUAGGUACUGUUUGUAUUCAAUUUUAUGUAAAAAAAAAAAAUGUAAAUAAUUUCUAACCGUACGAUGUAUGAUAAAUAGACACGAUUCACGGAUUCUUAGAAUCACCCAGGAUCCUCCCAAAAAGAAUCCGGAGUGGGAAUCCGGAUUCAAUCCUAUAGAUGAGUAUAUAUAUGUUAUACUUUUGUAAUUUAUUAAUUC